UAUAAGAUGUGCUAUAUCACCGUUGUUUCUGAGAGCUGAAUAGUACUCCAUGGUAUACAUAUAAGCACCCAAGUCACAUUGGAUCUGGGGCCCACUCUAACCCGGUACGCCUUCACCUUAACUCGAUUACAUCUGCAAAGAGACUCUCUUUCCUCCCCUGAGGUCCCGCCUGCAGCUUCCCAGUGGGCGUGCACCCUGGGCGCGGGGCGUUAUUCAACCCACUGCCGCUGGUGUUUGGUCUCAGGACGAGGCUGUCAAAUACGGAGGCGCGUUGUCCUCUUGUCCCUCCUAACUGUCCCCUCUCUCGCCCCGCAGGUGUGGGGUGCGCGCUGAGAUGCCGCGCUCCUUCCUGGUGAAGAGCAAGAAGGCGCACACCUACCACCAGCCCCGCGUGCCGGAGGAUGGCCCGCUCUGGCCUCCUGCCCUCCCGCCAGAGGCCCGGGACCAGGUCCUGGGCAGCGGCCCCGUCCUCAGCACGAUGUUCCCAAGCCGGUGCCUCGACUGGCCCAACCUCAAACUGGAGCCGGAGCAGGACCAGAGCCUGGCCAGGGCAGCCUCGGCACCGGAAGUCCCCACUGUGAUGUCCCGACCCCAGGACGGGGACUCGCCGCUCUCCGACUCGCCCCCGUUCUACAAGCCCAGCAUCUCCUGGGACACCCUGGCCUCGUCCUACGGCCACGGCUACCGGCAGGCCCCCUCCACCAUGCAGUCGGCCUUCCUGGAGCGCUCCGUCAGCCUGUACGGCAGCCCCCUGGUGCCCAGCGCCGAGCCCCCCCUGGACUUCGCCCUCCGCUACUCCCCGGGCCUGGAGGCCUACCACUGCGUCAAGUGCAACAAGGUGUUCUCCACCCCGCACGGGCUCGAAGUGCAUGUGCGCCGCUCCCACAGCGGGACCCGGCCCUUCGCCUGUGACGUCUGCGGCAAGACCUUCGGCCACGCCGUGAGCCUGGAGCAGCACACGCACGUGCACUCCCAGGAGCGCAGUUUCGAGUGCCGCAUGUGCGGCAAGGCCUUCAAGCGCUCGUCCACGCUGAGCACCCACCUGCUCAUCCACUCCGACACGCGGCCCUACCCCUGCCAGUUCUGCGGCAAGCGCUUCCACCAGAAGUCGGACAUGAAGAAGCACACCUACAUCCACACCGGUGAGAAGCCACACAAGUGCCAGGUGUGCGGGAAGGCCUUUAGCCAGAGCUCCAACCUCAUCACGCACAGCCGCAAGCACACGGGCUUCAAGCCCUUCAGCUGCGAGCUGUGCACCAAGGGCUUCCAGCGCAAGGUGGAUCUGCGGCGGCACCGUGAGAGCCAGCACAAUCUCAAGUGAGGCUGCGCCAGCUCCUGGCACCCGGCCAGCCUGCCCUGAGGUCCUGUCACCCGGAGGCCAGACUCACGCACCCAGAUCGCCAGUCUCCUGGAGAUGGCUCCGGAAAUGAAUCUUUAAGCUUAUGUUGAGACUCAUGAAAUUGCUGUGUGUCUCUGGGCAAGUCACUUUCCCUCUCUGGCUCAACAUUUCUGCUGCUGCAAAGUGCAGGAGCUGGGCUGGGUCUUCCGAGCUGAAGUUGCCUACAGGUGUGCCCAGGUGCUUUCUUCUGGCCGAGCGCAGGAAGCGAGAAUACCCCCAGGCAGACGGGGAUGCCGUGGACAGACCAGAGCUGGGCCCCACGGAGACAUCCUCCCCUGUCUGUUGCCCACUGGGCUGGGAUCUGGUCACCUUGGAUGUUCCGGGCCUCUUUCUGGCUGCGACGGAUGGUCAGAGCUGCCUCCUGCAGGGGAUGGUGCCCCCCUGCUACAGCCAGCUGGGUCCCCUGUCCCCACCGCUGCCCAGCGCUCAGCCGGCCACAGGGAUUCCAGCGCUGCCAUCAGGCCACGGGUCUGCAGAAACCAGCGGUUACUGAUGUCAAAGCCUGUUCCUCUCCACUGCUGUACAUGAAAAUAAAGACAGAUUUGUUUGCAUGUGAGCCGCGUCGCUAAGCGCCUGCCAGGUCCAAGAUACUGCCCGAGGCUUUGCGGAGGGGCCCCGGGAGCCCCCAGUAGCGGAGAAGGCUGUGGGAGGGCCGCAGGCACGCUGGGAGACCUGCACACGGCCAUCCUGUCCAGGCCACGAUGAGAGCUGCCACAGAGGCGACAGAACCCCCCAGUUACAGGGUUAGAGCAGCAGGGCCAGGUCAGUUUCCUGUUGCCGUGGUAACGAACGACCACAAACUUAGCGGCUUAAAACAACACGGAGGCGUUCUCUUACAAUUCUGGGGGCCGGAACCCCAAAGGGGUCUUAUGGCCAAAGAGGGCAGAGCCUGUUUGCUUGUCCUUUUCAGCUUCUAGACUCCGCCUGCCAUCCCGGCCCAGGCCCCUUCCUGUGUCUCCAAGACACUUCACUGCAACCUCCACCUCCGUCGUCCCCUCUCCUUCUCCUGCCGCGUCCUUCUUGUCUCCCUCUCAUGAGGGCCCUGCGAUGACACCAGGCCCCCCUGGAUAAUCCCGGAGAGUCGUCCCAUCUCGAGGGGACGCAGUCACUGUGGUGGGCUGGAUCUCGGCCCCAAGGGUGAGGUCUCCACCCCAGUGCUGGGACCCGUGUCACCUUGUAUGGCAAAGUGCACGUCACGGCUCUGCCUCGCUGGCUGCGUGGCCUCGGAGGAGGCCCCGAUACUCUCUGGGGCUCAGCUCCCUCCUCUGUGGAACGGUGAGCCCAGCAGCCCCACCACGGAUUCGCUGGGAGCAGGGGGAGGUGCUGCCACGGCGUGCACGUGCCCCUCCAGGUCCCGCCCGCAGGGCAAGGCGCACCCGAACGCCGCCUCCCCCCCGGAGUCUCCCUUGGCCGUCCAGCCGCAA